AACAGCAUAUCCAUAUAUUAUAUAAAAAAAUCAUUCCACAAAUAACAUUAUUUCAAUGAAAUUUAUUAAUUAGGGCGGAGUAGAGACAGACGUGAUGGAAAACGCUAAUGAUACUCUACGUAUUAGUAAUAGUGCCUCUAGUGCUUCUCUCCAUACAAUGAAUGCCUCUAGUUGUACAGUCUUGGCUAAAACGGUUCAAUCGUCUUUUCUUGAAAACGAGGAAGACGACUUAUCUACAUUUGAGUUUGGUGAUAGCCAAUCAAACCAAUCAUCUUCAUAUCAAACAUUUAGUAACGUUGACUUUGCUGACGGUGUACCAUCCACAUCCCGAGUGGUAGCUUUGCUUCCCAAACGCACAUCAACUCCGGUAUUGUCUACUAAAACAACAGAUCAGAGUUCUGCAAAUAUCGUGUUUGCGAAACGCUCUCAAGCAACUUUGGCACCGGUUGAAAAAGAUAUUCCACUAGUUGCAGUAACUUCAUGUUCUACGACAAAUGGAGACUCUUUAAAUAAAAAUCCUUUAGCUCUUCGUGAUAUUGUCAAUAUCGCCAAAAGAGCACAUGCUGAAAAAUCAAACGUUUCUGUUGCUAAGAGGUUGAUGCGCGAACGUUUUUUUUGCUGCACUCUGUCAUUGCAGUAA